CUCCCCUGACGUACGGGAGGAGGAAAAAAGAAAAUGUCAACAAACAUCGGAUGUAUAACAGUGCUGGAGUCCACUAGUCUAUAUCACAUAAUUGUUUGAUCAGCAAUAUGUCGGCCAUGGCUGAUCGUUUUAACUAUGUGUAUAGUUGCGAUCUCGACGUAAAUGUGGAAAUCAAAAUUGGAACCCUAGAGGGUGAGAGGGAACGACCAAGUUACACAGAGUUGCUAGAGGACUCCAUGUUGAAGUUUUCUGGUGCUUACACAGAGGGAUGUGCAGAUCUAUAUGUAACUUGUCAGGUUUUCUCAGAUGGACGACCACUGUCUCUGGCAGUUAGUACAUCUUACAAGGCUUUCAGUACGCGAUGGAAUUGGAAUGAGUGGCUGGUGUUACCGGUGAAAUAUAACGACUUACCAAGAAAUGCCGUGCUAGCCUUAACCAUAUGGGACAUCUAUGGGCCUGACAAGACCAUCCCAGUAGGGGGGACAACUCUACCACUCUUUGGAAAAAGAGGAACAUUCAGGCAAGGCAUGCAUGAUCUAAAGGUGUGGCCUAAAGUAGAGUCUGAUCCACAGUACAAUUCCAGUACUCCUGGGAAGACCAAGGAUAAAAAUGACCAGAUGAGUCGGUUAGCUAAGCUGAGUAAGAAGCACCGAGAUGGUCACAUGUUGAAAGUUGAUUGGUUGGAUCGACUUACAUUCCGAGAAAUAGAAAUGGUCAACGAGAAACAGAAACGAGACUCUAACUUCAUGUAUCUGAUGAUAGAAUUCCCCUUUAUACAUUAUGAGGAAAUGGAAUAUACAGUCGUCUACUUUGAAAAGGAUGGUGAUGAAGUAUUUAACUACAGAACUCAUGCUGACAUUGUAACAAUACCUGAUCCUGAAAUACUGGCGGAGAACCUUGUAGAGAGUAAGCAUCAUAAACUUGCCAGAAGUUUACGGAGUGGACCCACUGACCGAGACAUGAAACCUGAUGCCAAAACAAGAGAUCUCCUGAAUGCCAUCUGUACCUACCCUCCUUUCAAACCAUUGACGUCUGAAGAACAGGAUCUUAUAUGGAAGUUUCGGUUCUACCUCUGUAAUCAGAAAAAGGCCUUGACAAAAUUCCUGAAGUGUGUCAACUGGAAGUUACACCUUGAAGUGCGUCAGGCGCUGGAGUUGCUCAGCCGCUGGAGCCCAAUUGAUGCUGAGGAUGCUCUAGAACUUCUUUCACCCAUCUAUCAACACCCUACUGUGAGGAAGUAUGCGGUAUCUAGACUGAGGCAGGCUGACGAUGAGGAUUUACUGCUGUACUUCCUCCAGCUUGUUCAAGCUUUGAAAUACGAGAACUUUGAAGAGAUUAAGAAUGGUCAGGAUAAUUUAAGUACACGACGGGAUUCCAUCAACACAGCUGACACAGGGACUGUUUACCCAGAUAAAGACAGGUCUGUGAGUAUGUUGUCCAGGGCUUCUUCUCAUGACUCUAUACUGGAUGCACUUGGAGGUAUCUCGCCCAAGUCUGAGGAAAGUCCUGAAUCCAAACUAGAAAAAGAGAUGGACCUAGCAACAUUUCUGAUAUCCCGGGCAUGUAACAACUCCAAUCUGGCCAACUUCUUCUACUGGUUUCUUUCUGUGGAAAGUAUAGACUCUGACAGUUCAGCUAAAAACCAGAAGGUCACAGAGAUGUAUCAUGUUGUAAUGAAGCGAUUCAGUCAAGCUCUGUUCAAGGGAGGACCAGACUCACGUUUGAGAAGGGCAACAAUAUCCAGACAACAGAUGUUCAUAGACAAACUGGUGGACUUGGUAAAGAUGGUUAGCAGGGAGAGUGGCAACAGGAAGAAAAAGAUUGAGCGACUUCAAGCGUUACUCCAGGACCCUGAAGUAUGCAAGAUAAAUUUCUCAGACUUUGAACCACUUCCUUUACCAUUGGAUCCUGAUGUGAAGGUUUAUGGAAUUGUACCCGAAAAAGCUGUGUUAUUUAAAAGUGCCCUCAUGCCAUGUAAACUGACAUUUAAGACUAUAGAUGGGCCAGACUAUGUUGCUUUAUUCAAACAUGGUGACGACCUUCGACAAGAUCAGCUUAUUUUACAAAUGAUCUCCCUGAUGGACAAGCUGCUGAGACGAGAGAAUCUGGAUCUGAAGUUAUUACCUUACAAAGUAUUGGCUACCAGUAGUAAACACGGACUUGUCCAGCAUAUUGAUUCCAUUAAUGUUGCUGACGUUUUAGACAAAGAUGGCAGUAUUCAGAAUUUCUUUCGCAAGCAUGCGCCAGCAGAGGGCGCUCCUUAUGGUAUAUCUCCAGAGGUCAUGGACAAUUAUAUCAAAAGUUGUGCUGGUUACUCUGUUAUUACGUAUGUCUUGGGUGUGGGAGAUCGUCACCUUGACAACUUAUUGCUAACUAAAACAGGGAAGCUGUUCCACAUAGAUUUCGGGUACAUCCUAGGUCGGGAUCCCAAGCCCAUGCCAUCUCCCAUGAGGCUGAGUAAGGAAAUGGUUGAGGCCAUGGGAGGAACAUCUUCUGAACAUUUCCAUGAAUUCAAAAAACUCUGCUACACAUCUUUCUUGGCAAUUAGGAGGUCCGCCAAUUUGAUUUUGAACUUAUUUUCUCUGAUGGUGGAUGCCAAUAUACCAGACAUAGCUCUGGAGCCAGACAAAACAGUCAAAAAGGUACAAGAUAAGUUUGUGUUACAUCUGACCGAUGAAGAAGCAGUCCAUUACAUGCAAAACGUGAUAGAUGUCAGUGUGUCAGCCAUGAUGGCAGUCAUUGUAGAACAACUACACAAAAUGGCUCAGUACUGGAGAAAGUAAAAGAGACAUAAAGGAAGAUUUUGAUACAAACAGUUAUGGCACACACAUCUAUAGAAACCUUGCUUUCUGGACGAGACAGGUUGGAACAGGCCUGGAUAAUUAACCAAUACCUGAAGGAAGGAACAAUUCCAGAAAAGGCCUGGAUACACCGAGAUUAACGAGACAGCUGAUCUACUGGGAUCCACGUUAAGUACCACAUACCUGGGAAUGUCCGGAUGAAAGUGGAUUGCUUCAUUUUUUCAAUCUGUAUUGAGAGAUUAGAACAUAAUCAUGAUUGGUUUUGUCUGUGACAAUGAAGACUGACAGGAUUGAUGGAAGUGUUGGUGCCAUUGAUCAACUGAUAAUUGUGACGAUUCAUAUUGAACUUAACUUGUUUAUUGAUCAUGAAGUACUCCUUAUACACAGGUGAUGUGUAGGACUGUGAACACUAGAAUGCCUCAUUGUGAUAAGUAUGUAGAGACCAGAGUUGUCUCCCUUAAAUUGUGCAAUACUAACACAUUCAUUAUAUCCAAUCAUUUUCAUUCCAAGCUGAAGCUGAGGUGCAAGAUUAUGAAAUGGCUGGAUUGAUCAGAAUAGAAAUGAUAUAACUUUAUAAACUAUAGGUCUCAGUUUGCAGAAUAGUGGGACAACUUGAAUAGUGCUGGCUCAAAUAGAUCCAGAACAGUGGUGUUUUCCCCUUGCCAGUUGCAAUAUACAUGAUAUUCAAUAUUAAACAUUUAUAUAUUAUAAGUAUGGUCCUUAAUGUUCUGUGACUGUCACACACUACUGGCCCACAAUUUAUCUGAAUGACCCACACGAUUCAGAAAAAUCUCUGGUCCUAUAUUGCAAUAUUGGAAUACAAUGCAAGUGAGCAUUCCAAGUAGAUUUCUUUUUUAGGUCAUCUGGUCCGAAGGACCAAGGUGAGAUUGUGCCAUACUGUGAUGUCCAUCUGUCAGUCAACGAUUGACUUCUUCAUAACAGCUGAUUGGAAUUUGACCAAAUUUGGUCAGAAGCAUCUGUAUGGGGUUGGGACUCAAAAUUGUACAAAUAGUGGGGCUGACCCCCUGUGGGCCUGGGCCAUAAUUGAUCCAUUUGGCUAUACCCGAGCAAUGAAUAUCAUUCAUAUUUGCCUGGUAAUUAUAACAUCGGUAUGGGGUGGGGAUUCAAAAUUAUACAAAUGGUUGGGCUGACAACCCCACCCUAGGGGACUUCAUUACUUUAAAACACAAUCAUGUUGUAGAAACAAUCCUUGGGGUAUUUCCACUCUCCAAGGGAGACUUGACUGCUUUCUGGGUUUUAUCUUUGAAUCAGUUGAGGUCCCUUCCCCAUAACUAUAUAUAUAGCGUAUUUAGACAUUAACAAAUAAAGCUAUGAGCGAUAAAAGCCCUCUGGGCCUCUUGUUUAUAAUGUUAUUUUUUGUAUGAUUUACUGCGUUGUCGAAACUACACUGUGACAGUAAUAAAAUGUGAUCAUUCAAUUUA